AGCGGAGUUUUAAAGCUCCCCUCUGCUGCGACAUAUCCGGAGUGCGAGCGACUGUGUCUUUCUCUUCUCUUCUCUUCUCUUCUCUUCUCCUCCUCCUCCUCCUCCUCCUCCUCCUCCUCUUCUCUCACGAGGAUGCUGUUUGUGGGAGGCUGGAUUUGUCGCCUUUCCUCCUGGCUUCAAUGAUUGGUGUGUGCGUAUUCAUUGGUUUCCCUCCUCAUCUUCCUUCCUCGUUCUCCUCCUCAUGUCUACUGAGGAGUCAUUCAUGGCAGGGUGGCCGAUUUGUCCGAUGUGCGGACUGUGAUGAUUGGUUUGUGUUGAUUGGGAGAUUGGUGUGCGGACUGUGAUGAUUGGCGUGUGUUGAUUGGGAGAUUGGUGUGCGGACUAUGAUGAUUGGUGUGUGUUGAUUGGGAGAUUGGUGUGCGGACUGUGAUGAUUGGUGUGUGUUGAUUGGUGGGCUUUCUCGAUCUAUGGGAGAGAUAGGCUUAAGGGAAGCUGGGCGGCAAUCAGACGAAUGAGGGCGUAAAAAACGGAGAGUGCGGCGGGUGGAUUUUCAGGUCGCACAAGGGGGUGCCACGUUAGCGUCACGGAUAAUACAUUGAGAGGUAGGUCGGCGAUCGGAGGGCGGGAAUACUUUUUUGAGACGUAUGAUCUCUCCUUCUAUCGAGGAGGGGGACAACGUUUUCAGGAGGUAUGAUCUCUCCAUCUAUCGAGGAGGACCGGUCGUGAGGAAACUUGUGUGUGGUUGUGUGUGCGUGGAAGGACCGGUCGUUGGCGGGGUGAAUGUCUUUCACGGGGUGAUGAAAACGCUCUUGGUCGUGGGAAAACGUUUUUGAAGUCUUUUUUUUCUGCACCUAUCGCGGCCCCCCCCUUUCCCGCCGUUCACCGUCGGUAAGCAGUCGGCCGGAGAAAAUGGGCAUUUGCGCGCACGCGGCGUGCAGUUUAGGCAUCUAUGACUGCUGCGAUCGGGACGUGCUAUCUGCUCGUCGGGACAUACAACACAGAAUUGUGCACUGAAGCAGGUCGAGGAGGACAGGAGUUGCGUAAGGGGGGGGGGGGGUGCCACGUGUGUCCUUUCGGCGAGGCCUCGAUUGAUUGGUGAAAGAGGCCCGCGAAGCGCGGGAGCUAGCUCUUGAACGAAGGCAGCGGUUUAGUGAAAGAGGCCCACGUAUCGGCGAAGUAAAGAGUGUGGGGGAGGAGGAGAGCGCGACAAGGAAAAGAGGGGUGUUUUUUUGAGUGGAUAGAGGGCCAGUGGCAGAGGGAGAGAAUAAACGACGAGCAGCAGGUAGGGGGAAGUAUGCGAGAGUGUGCAGGGGAAACAAGGGUGGCUGUGUUUGUGAGGGGCGAUUAACAACCAGGGAAGGGGAAGGUCGUGAAGGGUGAAGAUAGCGAAGACGGGGAUUUGACUGUUGUGCCUCGGUGGUGGAAGUGGAGAAGGAGUGUGUGUGUGUGUGCGUGUGUAUGUGCUAGAGAGAGAGAGAGAGAGAGAGAGAGAGAGAGAGAGAGAGAGAGAGAGAGAGAGAGCUGAGGAGCGGAACAAGGAGGUGUGUGGUUCUUCUUGUGGCUCCUAGGGCAGGUCUUCGCGCGCGCGAGAGGGAGAGAGAGCUGAGGAGGGGAACAAGGAGAUGUGUGGUUCUUCUUGUGUCUCCUAGGGCAGGUCUUCGCGAGAGAGAGAGAGAGAGAGAGAGAGAGAGAGAGAGAGAGAGAGAGAGAAGUUGCCAGAAGGGAGACUAUUGAUGCUGCCUAAAGAUCAGUAAGAUUGGACGCCCGAAUCCGACGGACGCAGGCGGCAAAAAAUGGGCUGUUUUCCGUUCACGCUUUUCAAACGAAACACAGGCGAUGUGCAGCGCACUACUCCAGGUCCAGGAACGCCACGGAAGCGGGGUGCGCCAUCGGUGGCACCGGCGACGCCUGUCGGAAAGAAGGAUGUUGGCGGAGAUAUCAUUUCUGCACAGUCGAGGCUGCGCGAUUUCACGUAUGCGGAAUUGAAAUCGGCCACGCGAAACUUUCAGAAUUUAGUGGGGGAGGGUGGGUUUGGGCAUGUGUAUAAAGGGUGGCUGGAUGGUGGAGGGCAAGUGGUAGCUGUCAAACAGCUCGACAGGGAGGGCAUGCAAGGGCAUAAAGAGUGGCUGGUGGAGGUUAACAUGCUUGGCCAGUUACAACAUGCCAAUCUUGUGAAUCUGAUUGGCUAUUGCUCGGAGGGCGAGCAGAGGCUGCUAGUUUAUGAAUUCAUGCCGCGUGGCAGUCUGGAGAAUCAUCUAUUUAGAAGAAAUGCGGUUUGUCUUCCGUGGCAGAUCCGAAUGAAGGUUGCUCUUGGAGCGGCGAAAGGUCUUGCCUACUUGCAUGAAGAGAAUCCUCCUGUCAUUUAUAGAGACUUCAAGACUUCGAACAUAUUGUUAGAUAGUGACUUCACUCCAAAGCUUUCAGACUUUGGGCUGGCAAAAGAAGGGCCAGUUGGAGAUAAGACCCAUGUCUCAACGAGGGUUAUGGGUACCCAUGGUUAUGCGGCCCCAGAGUAUGUCAUGACAGGUAUUGUACUCGAUAAUUACGGUCAUUGCUGAAUUGAAUAAUGAAUUCUUUGCUUAAGA